AUGAGAUGUUAUCUGGGUUUUCCACAUUCUGAGACGAAACAAGCAACUUUGAUUAACAGAUGCUUUAUAAAACACUUCAUAAAACGUUGGACUUUCGGUACUCCAUCUUCAUCAUUGCAAUUAAGACGGCUCGCUGAAGGAGCAGAGAACAACACAACAAAAAAUCCUGAUAUGGGGUAG